CACACAGCGACACACACACACAGCGACACACACACAGCGACACACACACCCCGCUGCUCCGCACAGGCCUGCGGGUCGGUCCCAGCUCUCCACAUGUCCAAAAUCAGUAGUGGUUCCGCUGGCUGUCGGGCCGUGGUGCUGGCUGGGAAGUACCUGUCCGGUCCCGGCCGAAGCUCCACGGGGCCCCCCGGGGCCUCGAGUCCGCAGCGGGGGCCGCUGUGCGCCGCUCAGCGCCGGACAGGGAGCUCCACCGCGGCCCCGGUGGGAGGGCGAGCCGCGGCCGCGGGUCAGCAGGAGAGUCCCGGCUGCUUCUCCGCCGCGGACCGGCACGCGCUGGCGAACCGGAACUUGAUUUAUCGGGACGUGAAGGCUUUCCUGAGCGAGGUCGGGGGGGAUCCGCGCGAGGCUCGGUACUGGCUGGCCCAGUUCCAGAGAGCGAACUUAUCCCAGUCUCCUGCUUUCGCUGUGCUGGAGGUGGACGACUUGGUAUUCCAAAGCAGGGAGUUGGUACAGAGCCUGGCCUUUGGCCUGUCCUUCCUGCAGCGGAUGGACAUGAAGCCUGUGGUGGUGAUGGGCUGCUCCUACCACCAGGAGUCAGGGUCUGGAGAAGCAGCUGCUGGGUCGUGGUGCACCAGAGGGCUGGUGGAGCGCUGCCAGCAGCUCACUGAAGCUCUGCAGCUACACUCAGCAACUGUCCUACCAUUCUUCUCUGCAGAGUCCUUCCUGCAGCUGCAUGAGGCACCACAAGGCAGCAGUGCUCCACACUCCAUUUCUGUGGACAUCAGCCUCCUUCAGUGGAGUCUGGACUGCGGCACCAUCCCACUGGUCUGUCCAGUUGGGAGGGACGGACAAGAAUGCUCGCUGGUGCUGGACCCGACGGAGGUCACGGCAGCCAUUUCCCGAGCCCUGCAGCCUCUCAAAGUCAUGUUUCUGAACAACUCCGGAGGCCUGCGGGGUCAAAGACGCAAGGUCCUGGACACGGUGUCGCUGCCCACUGACCUGCCCGGUCUGUCUGCAGCGGCGUGGCUGAGCCAAGUGGAGCGCCGCAGGGUGACCACCAUCGCUAGACUGCUAAACAAUCUGCCAACAGAGUCCUCAGCUGUGAUCACCUCUGCAGACACUCUGCUGACCGAGCUCUUCAGCCACCGGGGUUCUGGGACACUUUUCAAAAACGGCGACCCCAUACACAGGUACACCUCUCUGGAUGAGAUCGACGUGGAGCGUCUGCUGACUCUCAUCGACAAGUCGUUCGGUAAAACUCUGAGGCAGGAUUACGUGGAGACUUUGAAGGGACGGAUGCACUGCGUCUACCUCUCUGAAGGCUACAGCGCGGCGGCCAUCAUCACGAUGGAGCCCGUCAACGGUGGGACCCCCUACCUGGACAAGUUUGUGGUGAGCAGCAGCAAGCAGGGGCAGGGCACCAGCCACAUCCUGUGGGAGUGCAUCCGACAGGAUCUGGGCAAGCUGUUCUGGAGGUCAAAGGCCACCAACAGGAUCAACCCGUGGUACUUUAAGCAUUGCGACGGCAGCUUUGUAAACGGAGUGUGGACCGUCUUCUGGUUUGGCCUGACCGACAUCAGAGACUCGUACGCGCUGGUGGAGCACGCCAAGAACCUCCCGGACUCAUUCCACAGCUGCUGCCUCACCUCCGGCCUGCAGCCUGCUGCUCCUCCUGCUGCUGCUUCCUGAACUCCUGCUUCUCAUUCGGCUUUGGAGACCAACUACAAGAUCCAUGACGAGAUUCUGAUUUGGGACGUUUUCUCCUUUCAUAGACUUUUCUCAUAAAAAAAAAAUUAAUAAAAAAUAACACACUU